CGGAAGGAUGGGGAGUGGUGGAACGAACAGUUUUUUUUUUUAUGUUGCAAGGCACUUUGGGGCGAAAAGUGGUACUUCGCGCGUUGAUAUUGCAGACAACUAUUCUGAUUGGCUAACCGUCCCGAGAACCAGCAGUGCCUGAGCUCUCACAAUCAACCCGAUCCCCACUUCUAUUCAUCCAUUCGCACAGGAAACAGAUCCAUCAGCGACAAAUCGAGUACGGAUCAUGGCCAGCCACCUCCGCCUGAUUCGGCACGCAGUGCCCUCGUCAAAAGACCAACUACCACUCCUAUAUACGUCCAACCUGCGCACUCAGUUCACUAACGGUCGUUCAGGCACGCAGGCGUUCCUCGGUGCAGUAUGGACCAGGCGAGACUUUUCCACCACACCCAGGAGGUCCAAUGAUCGCCCUUCAUCGUCUUCACCUCCAUCCUCCAUUGCAGGGGAUACCAAUGGUUCCAAGAACCUCACGGGCAAGGAUAAAGUCGCACAGGAAGCCGCCGAAGGAGACUCACAGAGGAAAAUGGCAGAGGAGGCAGAGAGAAAGAGGGUCGAGGCCCAGGACGCAGCUCUGAAGGAAAUCCUGAAUAGUGCGGCUGCUGAGAAAAAAAAGAUCGAGGAGGAAGCACUCAAGGUUGCAAAGGAAAAGGCUGAGCGCGCAGCUAAAGAGGCGGCAGAGAAGCUGGCCAGAGAACAACGACAACAGCAGCAGCAACAGCAGCGGCAGCAACAGCAACAACAGCAAUUGGCCAAGUCAUCAAUCGCCGACUCGACUGCGGAAGCAACAAAGGCAACGCAGCCUCGCCAGGGGAGUACUAUUGUGUCGGCAGCAGCAUCUGAUGCGACAUCACCGUCAAAGGAUGCCAAGGAGAAGGAUCAAUCGCGGAAAACAGCAGAGACGUCUUUAGGCUCUAAGGAUCCAUCGACCGCAUCAGGCCAGCAUGGCGAAGUUGUCAAACAGUCGUCAACGCAAUCUGGAUUAGCUGAAGAUCCCUUAGAGCCCUUCAAGGCGAGGCUGCUACCGUAUAAAAAGUCGAUUGAAUCCUCAACAGAGUACAUCCGGUCCUCCAUCCCCGACAGCUUGCGCCAACUCUCAGAAUCUGUGAAGCGGAAGGAUUAUCGGGAUACGAUCGCUCAGUUAUCGGAGCAUCUCAAUAACUUUACGGGAUAUAACGCCAUCAACGAUCUAAAGCACAAGGUUAUUGCGCAUGGUGAAAGUCUUGAUGACGCUCGUAUCAAAUUGGCCCAAGCAAAAUACGCCUACGAGGACGCCAUUAGCACUCGAUCUGACACUCAAAAGGCCAUCAAUGACCUGCUCCAGCGCAAGCACCUUUGGUCUCCAGACGAUGUGAUCCGUUUCACAGAUCUCUACCGCUCAGAGCACGCCAACGAGCAGGCGGAACAAAAGACCAAGAUAGAAUACAAGCAGGCAGAAUCGAACGUCGAAGAGAAAUCCAGGAGGCUGACGAGGGUUAUUAUGGAACGGUACCAUGAGGAACAGGUCUGGAGUGACAAGAUUCGAGCCGCAAGCACAUACGGAACAUGGGGCCUCGUGGGUGUGAACGUCAUGGCAUUCUUGAUUGUCCAAGCAUUUGUGGAGCCGAGAAGACGUCGCAAACAAGUCGAGCGGUACGAGGAGUUGGUUCGGGACUUGACUGAGCGGGGAAUUUUGCCUGAAAAGGCUCUAUCGAUUGAGACUACAGCUGGCUCUAACGGCGGCAUUACUGGCGUGGCACAGGGCCCCAAUACAGUAGACCAAGUCUCGGAUAAUACUUUGAUUUCAACUGCAGAGUCCACUCCAGUUGCCAUCGGCGGUGCACUUUCAGGAGGCGAGGAUGUGCUACAGAGGCUUAUAAAGAGUGCGGAACGUCAAGAAGAGCGACUCGACCGUAUGGAGGACCUGCUGCUCAAGCAGGCCUCUGGAGAACAGGACAAGCGUUUGCCCAAGUUGAUCCUGGAGGAGAUGCACGGCUCUGUGGAGAAUGGUGAGUUGGUGUUGGCAGAGGACGGGUCGAUUGUGCUGCUGUCCGAGGGAGAUGAUGGGGAGACUAUUGACCUCGGUGAAGCAUGGCGGGAGGAAUUGGGCAAACGAUCCAAGGUCAACACCGAGGGCAUGCAGAGUCGUCUGUCGCUGAUCUUGCAAGACGGGGAUGCAGAGGUGCCUGCGAGACGACGGGACUUUUUGGUCAGUGGUCUGGGAGGCGCACUCGUCGGAGGGUUGAUAGCCGUUGCUGUGAUGAUGAACCGAUAGAUAGACGGAUGAAUGUAGACGUUACUAGAGUGAGCGCCGGUAUCCAUUUGAAAUAGACGACAUGAGCAUGUAUGUACAAUAAAUAAAUAGCUAAGGAUUUUUCA